AUGAAUUAAGAUGAUCAUAAUUCCAAUGAACAUAAGGUUGAUAAAUAACUUCACUAUUAUGAUUAAGAGUGGCCAUAACAACCUCCUUCCUUAUCUCCAAGAUUCACUCCCUAACAAUGUUAUCUCUAUCCUCCUUAAAAUAUUUCAAACUUUAAUCUUCAUGCUGAACCUGAAUUUUAAGAUAAAAACAAACCUAAAUAUCCAUUUCGAAAAUUAUCUGCAGGAGAUGCACCAGAUGAAGAAGAUCAAUUUCGAUAACCAUACAACCAUUACUAUUAAUAAAUCCCCCCAUAAAUUAAAUAUCCUCAAAAUAACCCUUAUAUGCAUAUGAAAUAUCCUCUACCAUAUCCUCCUCCUUGGUAUAGACAUCCAUAUCCUCCAUUCUAUUAUCCUCCUUUUGAUACAUCCUAAUAUUAAAAUACCUUAUCUAAAGAACUUUAAUCAAAAGUUAAUCAACUUGUUCAAUUUUAAAAGGUUUCUCCAUUUUAAUGUAAUUGUAAAAAAAGUAAAUGUUUAAAAUUAUAUUGUGAAUGCUUUGCCAAUAAUUGGGUUAUCAUUACAUUUUAUACUUAGGUUUGUUCACAGAGUUGUAAUUGUACUGAAUGUAAAAAUAGAAUUGAUAAUCCAAAUGAAAGAUCUAAAGCUAUUGAAGAAGCCUUACUUAGAAAUCCAGAAGCAUUCUCUGCUAUACUUACUAACAAUGGAUAAUUACCAUAAAUCAUUCCAGGUAUCUAAUCACAUUUCUACAAGAACCCAAAUCAUAAAAAGAGUUAACCAAGGAAACCAAAAAAGGAUGCAAUUGUAAAAAAUCAGAAUGCAAAAAGAAAUAUUGUGAAUGCUAUAGUAUUAAUUAAAAAUGUACUGAUUUAUGCAAAUGCGAAAAUUGUUUAAAUAAAGAAGAACCUUUAGAUCAAAUAUCUAAUUUAAAACCUGAUGUUGAUCCUCCUCUUUAACAAUAAUUAGGAAAAUAAAAAGUCACUCAAAAAAAUAAUUUAAAGUCUAAAAAAAUAAAAAAAGAAGAAGUUCAAACAAACAAUAAUAAUAAUACUAAAAAUUAAAAAAAGAAAAGAAAGAAUUGA